AUGAAGAUCCUGUGCUGCGGCGACGUCGAGGGCCGCUUCGAAGAGACCUUCAAGCGGGUGGCAAAGAUCGAGGCGGCGAACGGCCCCUUCGACGCGCUCUUCUGCGUCGGCGCCUUCUUCGCCGGCGACGCCGUCACGGAGGUGCCCGAGGCGCCCGUGCCGACCUGGGUGCUCGAGCUGCCCGCCGGGAGCGCCGUCGCGGCCGGCGACUCCCUGGGCCCGAACGUGACGUACCUCGGCGCCUGCGGCGUGACGACGGUGUCGGAGCGCGCGGGCGGGUCCGGCGCCAAGGUGAUGUCCGUCGCGUUCGCGGGCGGCGCCGGGUCCGUCGCGGGUCUCCUGGACGCCUGCGGCGCGCCGGGCUUCAUGGGCUGCGACGUCUUCCUGAGCUCCGACUGGCCCCGGGGCUGCGACGUCGGCGCGGACGACGCGGCCGUCGCGAGUCUCCGGGACCUGGGCGUCUACGCGCACGCCGUCGGCGACGACCGCGUCGCGGAGGCCGCCGUCGCCUGCCGGCCGCGCUACCACUUCGCGGGCACGCACGGCGCCUUCUGGGCCCGCGCGCCCUACCGCAACGCCAGGGACCCGCCCGCGCACCGCAAGAGCCACGUGACGCGCUUCGUCGCUCUCGGCCAGGCGGCCAAGUCCAAGGACAAGCGGCGCAAGUGGCUCCACGCCGUCGACGUCGACCCCAUCCCCUACUGCGCGCUCGCGGCCUUGGCCGCGGAGCCCGCGGGCUGCACGGACUCGCCUUACGUGUGCCUCGGCCCGUCCGUCGCGCCGACGCCGCGCAUGGCCGCGCUCGCCGCGGACGAGGCGCGCGACUCGGCGAAGCGGAAGAACGCGCCGUCGGCGCUGCGCUGGGGCGACGUGAGCGGCGGCGGGAAGCGGCCGCGGCGCGACGAGGGCGCGUCGACGACGCUCUUCGUCGGCGGCCUGCCCCCGUACUGCGACGACGCCAAGCUCGCGGAGACGCUCCGCGCGGCCCUGGGCGACGUCGACCUCGCGGGCGCGCGCGCGCCGCCGGGCAAGGGCUACGGCUUCGCCGACUUUGGCGCGCGCGACGACGCCGCGAAAGCCCUCGACCGCCUCCUCGCGGCGGGCCUCGCGAUCGACGGCCGGCGGCUCACGGUGGACUGGGGCACGGCGACGGCGCCGGCGAACGCGGCGCCCCAGCGCUACCCCGACGACGCGCGGCGCGAGUGCUGGUUCUGCCUCGCGUCGCCGGGGUGCGAGACGCACCUCGUCGCGGCCGUCAAGGACGCGUGCUACGUCUGCCAGCCCAAGGGCCCGCUCGUGGACGCCCACGCGCUCGUCGUGCCCAUCGCCCACGCGUCGACGCGCGCGGGCCUGGAGCCGGCGGUCCGCGACGAGAUGGACGCGACGGCCGACGGCCUCGCCGCGACGUUCCGAGCGAAGCUCGCGGGCGCGCACACGGUCGCGUUCGAGCGCGUCGCGGACACGAAGAAGGGCGUCUACCACGUGCACCGCCAGGUCAUCCCCGUGCCGCGGCGCGGCGACGGCGACGCGGCAAAGCUCCUCGCGGACUUCCGCGACGCCGCGGACCGGGGCCGCUUCGCGCUCGCGCCCGUCGACGGGCCCUUCCUGCCGCCGGCGGACGCCCGCGUCUUCCUGCUGGACGUCUACGACGGCGACAGCGGCGCCAAGACGCGCCUCGCCUGCGUCCAGGCCAAGGACGCGCCGGACCGCUUCGCGCCGUUGCACUUCGGCCGCGACCUCCUCGCGCGCGCGCUCGGCGAGCCCCACAAGGCCCACUGGAAGGCCUGCGAGAAGUCGAAGCAGGACGAGACGGCCCUCUGCGAGCGGCUCAAGGGGCUCAUUAGCGAGUAG